AUGAACUACAUUAUUUAGUGCUCUCUGAUUUUAGUCGAAAUUCAGUCAACAAUUCAAUGCAGUUAUUUUAUGCAUAUUAUCGGAGUUGCUAGACCAAGAAGGGACCUUUACGAAAUAUAGGCCUUAUAACAGGUUUUCACCGGUAGCAUAAUUGAAUACAACCUAACCUAAGGCUAAUCUGAACGGAACAUGGCUUACACUGCUCACGAUUUACACGACGCAAUGCGUAAGCAGAGAUGGGAGGAAGUAUGGCGCAUUAUUCGAGCCCAACCAGAGCUUGUCAAUGAAAAAUCUGGAAGGAUGACGUCAUUAUAUUGGUUAGUGUCGUCCGACUACGCACCAGAAAGUCUUGUGUUGGAAUUUUUAAAGAUUGCAGCAAAAGAAGUUGUAGACGAUGUAAACAUGUUUGGUGACAGUAACCUUCAUCUAUUGGCUCUGUAUGGACGAGUAGAUUCACUGCGUCGUGCUUUAGAAAUUUCUACCACAUGCGUGAAUUACAAAAACCAGGCGGGAAAUACUCCACUUCACUACUUGAUGUCAGCGAACCACCCAUUCCUCGUUCACCGUGGUGUUGCAAAAGCACUAUUAAAAGUCGGAGCCAAUAGCCAUAUAAAGAACAAGCUGUUUGCCGAUGAUUCAAACUUAUUAAAACCUUUAGUUGGUGACGUAGUUCCUGGAAUAAUUCUUUCAGGAGGUGCAGAAGCUGUAAAGGUUUUUAAUGAAGAGUUAGAAACGGGAGAAAUCACAGUAAACCACGCACGAUUAAUGAUGACUGGUAAAAAUGGUGUGGGAAAGUCGUGUCUCGUUAACACACUUCUUGAUAAACGAUUUAAUGAGGAGGAACAAUCAACCGACGGCAUAGUAUUGACUACUGCUUUUCAAACCACGGACAAUGAGUGUAGUAAAUGGAAAGAGCAGAAUGUGGAUGAGUGUGAACGAAUUAAGCAGAUGUAUGACAAUGCAUUAGAAAGUAAUGUUGCAGAAAAAUUAAAAAGGAAAAACAGCGAAACAGAUACAUCUAAUGUGACACCGGCUACAAAAUCACAACUACCAGCCACCUCUCUCACAGCAGCACCUGUAUCUCAAUCUGAGCACGUCAUGACGUCGAAACCAACUGCAGCAAAAGGAGGUUGUCAUUUACCGUCAUCAUCAUCUACUGGUCAAAAUGCAUUAUUACCAUCUUGCAUCAAUAUAGCAAAAGACAUGACGUGCAAUAUGACAAAUAUACAGAUCAUAAAAUAUUGGAUGAGGUUGAUCUUUACCUAUGCCGUUCCAGCUGGGUCACAAUGGAAGCCUCGACAGAAAGUCAAGAAACCUCAAAUUUUGGUGGUUGGCACCCACAGUGAGAGCCUGUUUGGGACCGAUGAAGAAAAGAAGAAACAGAUUGAAGACCAGUAUAGUAUCAUAUUCGAAGAAAUCAGAGACAUGCCAUAUGAAUGCCACGUUUCGAGAAAAAUGUACGCCAUUGACAACAAGUAUACAUCGCAAAGUGCUGAGGCAUUAAAAUCACUUAAACAAGAUGUUGGUGAAUUUCUGAAAGCGAUGCCAAAAACGAUCCCACUUAAGUGGCUUGAAUUUCAAUAUAUGCUGCAGGAGAUUGGCAAGAAGUCAGUCCACAUGCAAUAUGCUGAGGUUUGCAAAGUUGCCACCAAAUGCGGGAUCUCCAUGAAGAAUCUCCUAUACGCUCUCAAGUACUUACAUGAUCUUGGAAUCAUUUUGUACUUUGAGAAGAACGAACUGCUGAGGCACACAGUGAUUACAGACCCAAGGAAAUUGAUUAUCAUCUUCAAGAAAAUUAUCACAGAAGUAAAACAUUAUGAUGAGGAUAAG